AUGCCUUAUGAGCUCGCCCCCGUUGCUUCUUGCUUCCACAGCAUUUUGGGGCCUGAUAGUGCAAGUCGCAUAGAUCAUACGAAAAGGGUAGAGCUUCUUGAGGCUAUGCUGCGUGUUUCUAAGGAGGCGAACACGGGCAGCUCAAAGAAAUCUAAGCGCGAAGUCCUGGGCUCCGAGGGUGCUACGUAUACUUCCGAGCGUGUUAAUUCUCUACUAGAAGCGGGAUACUCGGAAAUCUGCUCUGGAGGAGUUAUGAUCUUCGCUCUACCGCAUGACAUUGUUGGCGAGCUUAGAACGUGUGAUCUGAGUCCAGCCCAGCCUGUUAUCGCAUCACAUACUGCAUUGAAAGCUGAAGUAGAGCAUCCGCAUCUAAAUAGUAGCGUUUCUAUCUACCUUGAAAAAGCACGCGCGGAAAAAGCUCGGUUACGAAGAACUGCCUGCAACGAGUACUCUCCGGCACACGGGGACUUGGUUUGUAGUGCGCUGCCCUCACAGUUGUUGUAUCACGAUAUAUUCUCAUCCAGGAAACGGGCAUACCUCGUUGUUGACAACACAACCACCCCGCCCGGUAUAUCCAUCAAGAUCGUUGAUCAGAUGAAGCUGGGAGACCGCUUCUGCCGACCGCCCUUCCACACGUAUUCCUUGGAGCGGGUUGCUAGCACGUACAGCUCUAUGGAGCACUGGUGGCCUUUUGUGAUCGGCGAGCUUAUAGUCAUAUACUCGGAAGCUAACUUCACCAAGGGCGUCCACACGUGGUCUCCUGCUACCACCAUCUACCGUAAAAGACACACUCAAUUUGACGGCUCCUCCUGCAUUACUGCUAGCCAUGGCACCGUCCCUUGCAAGAGCUCCUACUCUCACCUCUGUACAAAGUACACUUUUCAAGUGCACGCUGAGGAGAUCUUGGUGAGCUCCUAUCUAAUGGGCUGGUUGAGAGCCUCUAAUCACCAGAAGGUAUAUGCAAUCUCGGAGGGUUUCUUUGCAGAGACAAUCUCCUUUACCAAACUACUGACCAUUCUUGCAGACUAUGUCAAAACAAUUGAUAAAUAUAAAUCCACACUUGUCUCUAACUGUUCUACAAUUAGACAAUCCAGUGGAGAUAGAAAGAGUGCUUUGGGUAAUCAAUGCUUGGUGGGACCUCUUCCAUCACAAGUGGUUGAGCUGGCCCGUACAUAUGACUUCUUGGUUUAUCCGUACUGUUCAUUGGCAGCGAACUCUCCCGUUCCAUACAUCCCCAGUAGUGUCCAAUCCCACACUCUGAGGAACUUAUUAGGCGACGUCUCCAAUACAUAUCUUGAUUCGCAGCAAUGCUACUUUUCUUCUUACGACUAUGCUGUGGACAUCAGCCCUGUAUUCUGCUGCGGUUCCCUCCGCGAAACCUCAACAGAGGAGUCCAAAGGCUUCUAUGACAUAGUGUUCGACAAUACCCUUCAAGGCGCAACCUUAGAGAGCCAAGAUAUGAUGCUUACGAAGGACGAGGCUACGACAAUGGAGUCGUCUAGUGAGACCGUCCAAAGGUUUCCGACAUAUGAGACACUGCAUUCAUAUUUGUCUAAUCAGGUCGCUCUCUUGAGAGGUCCUCAAGUCUGUAGAUAUGUGGAUAACUCAUCUGCCAGCCUACUAUCGACCCUACUUGAGGUUGCUGAGCCACAGAUCAAGCGUAGGCGAGGCCGAACAGUGAGUGGCGGGACAUCUGCUUCUACAAGAAAUAGAAAAACAAAACAAGCUCACUGUGCCAUUGAAGACACCAUCGACAUAGCUCUACAUGAUUUAAUCUACAGGGAGCUUUUUGGAGAUCCGUUGCGGACAUGCAGGCUUGAUGAUAGGUAUGAUUAUGUCCUGGAUUACCACUAUAGAAAGUCACUUGAUGGAUACUUCCAUUUCAAUUGCGGAACCCUUGAUACUUGCGUCUCACCUCUUGCCUUUGACUCUGUGAUACAAGCAAAACACCUGUGUAUUAGGUUUUAUAAUAUUCUCAAUGUAAUGCAACGUCGAUAUACACAACUCGCAAUCCACAAUCCUGAAGUUUACACUCUGCUUAAGGCCUUUCAUGAAUACAAGAUUCCUAUCUCCUUGUUCUGCAGAGUACUGUCUUGUGUCACAGAGUCCCUGCGGGCUUACCCAUUUGGUGGUUUAUUUACUUCAUUAUUGUGUCAUAUGUGGUUAGCAUACGAUGUCACCAACGAGCUAAAUUGUAUAUUCACGACAGUGUGGACACUAUUCGGACACUCUCCUGUGGAGUCUCACGAGCCCACAUCCCUUAGCACUCUCUUUUCGUAUGCAUGUGGAAAUGUAGUUGUUGAAAGGUAUCUUAGAUAUUUUAUUCCAUGGUUUCAGCGUCCCCAAACAAUCCUUGAGUUUCUGCUUCUAAAAGUUCAAUCCCACAAACUCAGCAGAGAUGUACACGCAGCGUUGAGAGAUCUUUUUUGCUUUACAUCUGCAGUCAACCGUACGCAGGCCUGGUACAAAUAA